GAAUUCUGAAGAGGUUGGUAACCACAGCAGAGCUGGCAUGCCCCUGACCCGGCACAGGGAGCAGCAGCCAGGCAGCUCCCCCUGAGCAUUGGGGAUUUCUGCAGUACCACCGGUGAUGUGAGCGAUGGCAGACCAGGCUGCAGUGGCGGCGGAGGCCUCUCCAACCCUGGCACCAUCCCCGGGCUCUCCUCGACACAGGGACAUCAGCGGGACAAAGUCCCAUCCUGCCAGCACCAGGGAGAAUGGCAGCGGCGGGGAGGGCAGCGUGACCCUAUUCCCCACGGAGGGGGACACGAAGCCCCUCUCCAUGCUCCUGGCUGAUGUCCCACAGGGCCCCCAAUCGCGGCUGGCCCCAUCCAAGUCCCGCACGGCUCCAUCCUCCCCCAGUGUGUCCCCGUCGGAGAGCCGCACCGCGCUGCUCCGGCUGCGGGAGGCCAGGCUGGAGGACACCAGGAGACGGCUGUCAGAGGCCAUGCAGGAGCCCCUCAGCCGCCUGAGCCGCCUGAUGGCCGAGGAAAGCGGCCCUGCGGGCCAGGCAAAGGCAGGGGGCAGCCUGGGGGCAAGGGGGAAUCGGGGGGGCAGAGGGGACGGGGGGGCAGCGGGCGCGGACUGGAGUCCCUGGGAACCCACCCUGAACUGCCACUAUGAGAUCUGCUCCUACGGGGACGUCAUCCAGGUGGUGGAGGUGGCGCAGCGCAAGGCCGAGCCCCCGGAGCAGCCACCGCCAUCGGCCCUGCCUGGGGGCACGGUGCCGGGCCGGGCCUUGGCCUGCGUCGCACUGCUCACCUACGGUUACCUGGUGCUGCCACUGCCGCCCUACGCUGCAGGCCUCUGCCUGGGCCUCACCUGCGGCCUGCUGCUGGGCCUGCUCGCCGUCCUGCUCCUCCUGCUGAAGCCGCCGCCGCUGCCGCGCCUGCGCCCCGAACUGCUCCCAGACAGCCUGCAGGGAACCCAUGGCCUGCAGGGCUGGCUGAACCAGCUGCACGCCUACGACCCCGAGCUGUACCACCCGUCACUCACACACUCGGUGCUGGCCACACUGGAUGGGGCCGUCCUCAAACUGUCCUACCCCAAAAGCAACAUCCCACGCCAGGCCACCUUCGCGGAGGAGAUCCUCGAUGUCGCCUUCGUCAGCCAUCGCUGCUACGAUAUGAGCGGUGCCAAGGUCUCUCUCUGCCCCCCCGGCUUGGCCCGAAAGCGACUAUGGAACAAGAAGUACCCCAUCUGCAUCCUCUUCCCAGAGCAGACAGACACAGAGCACAGGAGCAGCGAUGAGCAUGGCACAGAGCAGCCGGGGGAAGAAGGGAUGAGGAAGCCACAGGCACCUGGCCAGGACGUCCCAGGGGACUGCAGGGAAAGAUGCCUGUACCUCUUUGGGAGGACAGGAAGGGAGAAGGAGGAGUGGUACCAUCAUCUCCUGCGAGCCUGCCGUGGGACCCCCAGCAGCAGCCGUGGUGAAGCCAGGCCAGGCAAAGAACUGGCUGCACAGAGUGGUGCCAGCAGCAUUAGCGAGAGCACUGAGGACAUCCCCUCUGCCAUCAGAUCCAAGGAGCUGGCCGGAAUCUUUCAGCAGAAGAUUUUUCUGGAUUACAGCACCUACAUGGCCCAAUUUGUGCCAGCAGAGACAGGGAGCAGCCCAGAGCAGAGCCCCCCUCACAGCACACUGGGCAGCCCCGCAGCCACCAAGCUCAGUGAAGAUACAGCUGGGUGCAGUGAGGGCUGUAUAGCCUGGGUGAAUGCACUAGUAGGGCGCAUUUUCUGGGACUUCCUCCGGGAGCAUUACUGGGCUGAGCAAGUGUCCAGCAAGAUCCAGAAAAAGCUGAGCAAGAUCAAGCUCCCAUAUUUUAUGAAUGAGCUGAAACUGACAGAGCUGGACAUGGGCACAUCCAUUCCUUCCAUCCUCAGUGCCUCCAAGCCCACCAUCAAUGACCGAGGUCUCUGGGUGGACAUGGAGGUCACCUACAGCGGCUCAUUGCAGAUGACCCUCGAGACAAAGAUGAACCUCUGCAAGCUAGGAAAGGAGGGUGCUGCAGAAGACAGUGGGCAAGUGGAGCCAAGCGGAGAAGGGACCAAGCCUCGGCUCAUCCUGCUGGCAGACAGCGAUGCAGAGUCAUCCAGCGCUGGCUCCUCUGAUGAGGAGGACAUUGUCACUGCAGAGCCUGCUGGAGCCCCAGGGGAGCGAGUCCCGCCACCUGGCACUGAAGGCCAUGUCAGCAGCAACAGCACGGGCCGGAAGAUCCUGCGCUUUGUGGAUAAGAUUGCCAAGUCCAAGUACUUCCAGAAGGCUACGGAAAAUGAGUUCAUCAAAAAGAAGAUCGAGGAAGUUUCCAACACACCACUGCUGCUGAUGGUGGAGGUGCAGGAGCUGGCAGGCACCUUGGCUGUGAAUGUGCCACCACCACCAACUGACCGUGUCUGGUACAGCUUCCGUGUUCCACCCCAGCUGGAACUGAAGGUGUGCCCAAAGCUGGGUGAGAGGGAGGUAACAUUCGUACAUGUCACUGAGUGGAUUGAGAAGAAGCUACAGCAUGAAUUUCAGAAAAUUUUGGUGAUGCCAAACAUGGAUGAUCUCAUCAUUCCAAUCAUGCAUUCUGGCCUGAAUCCUCAGCCACUCACUGGGGAGCUGCCCAGGGACAUACCAGCCAGGGGAGAGAAGAGGCUCUGAAGUGCAGCCCUAUGGGCAGGAUAGAGACACCGCAAAGGGCUCAGGGACCUCACUGGGACACAUCACCAAGCUGAGGCCUGGCCACCGAUGGCAUCCAGUACUAUGCCACGGGACCUGAGCAUCUCAGUUCAUCUCAUUCUCAGCGUCCUGCACUUUGUAGAUGAGCCUGCUCCUUAAAUAUUGCAAGAAAAAAUUCAGAGACAAAGCAGACUCAGGGGAAGGGGUUUGCUGGACACCCAAGAACUUCACAUACUUCCCACCAGCAUCUUGGGAUUCCUCCUAAUCAAGUGGACAGCUCCAGAGCAGCAGAGGGCCAUAGUUUCCACUGUCUGAUUCCCAAAGAGGGUGCAGGACACCCAGAUAGGUUCUGCACUCAACAAGUCACAAUCACCUUGGAUCCAAGGCACCACAACUCCAAGAUGCAUCACACUCUUCCACUGGCAGCUGGGCUGCAAGGAAAACGGGUGAGAAACUAAUCCAAAAUCUGAAUAAAUCCAUCACUGGCCAGUCUUACCUAUCAGCCAUGUUAUUGUACAUGAAAUCCUGGGGCUGCUGAGGGAGCCAGAUAGGCCCAGGGGUCUUGUGCAGAGAGAAGU